AUGUUGAAGUACUUUAUUAUAUUAGCGUUUAUUAAUAAAAGUGUUUUUACCAAAACAAACGCGGAAUGUGGCUACAAGCAAUGUCCACCGACAAAAGAUGGCGCUCUGAACGUCCAUGUGAUCCCUCACUCGCACAUGGACGCUGGUUGGGUUAAGACCUUCGAUGAAUAUUACUAUGGCACCAAGACCAGCGUCAGCUCAGCGAACGUUCAACUCAUAUACCACUCUGUCUUGUCUGAACUGAUUCACGACAAGAGACGAAAAUUCACUUUCUCGGAAACGGCAUACUUUUGGCGUUGGUGGAAGGAACAGCGCGGAACAACUCGGGCCACAUUCAGAUCACUCGUUGCGGAAGGUCGGAUAGAGUUUGCGGGUGGUGGCUGGGUGCAAGCUGAUGAGGCUACCAUUGACUAUCUUCAACUCUUGGACCAGUAUACAUGGGGACUCAGAAAACUAAAUGACACUUUAGGUCCAUGCGGCAAACCUAAGGCGGCGUGGCAGAUCGACACGUAUGGACACACGCGGGAACACGCAUCCUUGGUCGCUGAAAUGGGCUUCGAUGGUCUUUUUAUAGGUAGAGUUGAACACAAAGAAAGAGAAACAAUGCUAGAGGAAGAUCGAAUGGAGUUUAUUUGGAGAGGCAGCGAUGUGCUCGGUAAAAUGUCUGACAUAAUAACGCAUGCGCUGUUCAAUCUAUACAACGCACCGGACGGCUUCUGUUUCGACUUCCUCUGCAGCGACGAACCGAUCGUCGAAGAUCCUGAUAGCAAAGUCUACAAUGCUGAUAAACGAGUGAAUGAUUUCAUCUCGCAAGUCGAACGUCAGGCCAAAUACUACGACCAUGACAACAUCAUCGUGACAAUGGGGGGAGAUUUCACCUACCAGAGCGCUGCCAACUGGUUCAUUAAUAUUGACAAAUUGAUAAACCACGUGUCCACACAUCCAGCGAAUAUGUCCGAUGUUAAUAUAUUUUAUUCGACACCAUCUUGUUAUUUGAAGUCUGUUUACUUGUACGGAAGGAGGGAUAAGGCGCUCCACACCGAAAAGGCAGAUCACCUGCCAUAUGCCAGCGACGCAAACACCUACUGGACUGGCUUCUACACUUCCAGACCAAGUUUUAAGUACUUGAUAAAAAGGGCACAUGUAUUUUUGCAGGUUGUAAAACAAUUGACGGUUCUAUCUCGAAUGGGCGACUCGUACGAACUCCAUCUGUUGAGACACGCCGUCGGGUUAGCGUUACACCACGACGCAAUUACAGGAACAAGUCAACAGCACGUGACAAAUGAUUUCAUAAGACUGUUAUCCGAGGCUAUUGAAGCUUGCUCGAAGAGAGUGUCGAAUUAUUUAAGUAUUUUGACACCGACUUGGGGAGGGAGCAGGAGACCGAAGAACAGCCAACAGUUCAUAAUAUGUCAUCAACUUAACAUGAGCCAGUGCAGAUUCACGGAAACCCAAGAAUCAAUACUACUGAUAGUAUAUAACCCACUCAGCGUGAAGGCCUACUUUCACGUACGACUUCCGGCCAUCGCCCUGCAUUAUUCCAUCAGGGAUUACAACGACGAGGAAGUGGAAUACCAGCUGGUACCGCUGCCAACUGCAAUCAUCAAUAUGCCAGGACGUACUUCUAACAGCAUACAAGAAGUGUGCUUCGAAGCUGAGAAUAUCCCACCACUGGGAUACACAGCGUAUCUCAUUGCACCGAUACGAGAUCAGUUGGCAGAAGGACAAUUUGUAAAAAAAUCUCAAAACCAAGAAACGGAACAGGAACUUACGUCAUUUAUUUCGAAUGAGUAUAUCAAAGUAAACGUAAAUAAAACUUCUGGCCUCUUGGAGUCUAUUCAGCAUAUCGAAGGAAUCAAAAUACUCAUCAGUCAGAACUGGUACUACUACAGCCAAAGUCAGCAAACAUUGCAGUCCGGAGCGUACAGCUUUAGACCUGGAAAGGACAGACCGACACCUGUUACAGACAAAGUAUCUUACCAUACAAUACGAGGGACGCUGGUCAAGGAGAUCAGGCAACGUUUCAGCGAUUGGAUCACGCAGAUCAUUCGCCUUUACCGAGGAGAGGAGUUCGUCGAAGUGGAGUGGAUCAUAGGACCAGUUCCGAUUGGAACUGAUUUGGGCAAAGAAGUCGUGACAAUCUUCAACACCAAUAUCAGCAACAAUGGCUUCUUCUACACCGACUCCAAUGGGAGACAAAUGAUGAAAAGAACUUGUUGGAACGAAUCCACUAGUCAUCUACAAAAGAAGGCGGUACCAGCUUGCCAAUACCCAGUGACCUCACGGAUUUGCCUGCAAAGCGUGAAUAGCAGCGCGGGUCUGUGCAUACUGACAGACCGAACGCAGGCAGCGACGUCGUAUAACGAAGGAGAACUUGAGUUAAUGGUGCACAGAAGACUGCUAACAGACGAUGGCUUUGGUCUUGAAGAAACUCUGAACGAAGAAGCGUUCGGUGUAGGAUUAGUCGUGAAAGGGAAACAUAAAAUAUUUUUCGGUAACCAUAAACAAGAAGUUGAAGGCUUAUCGUUCGCCGAACGAGCAACACAGUUAGCAAGGAAGUGGACGUUGGAGCCCUGGCUGUUCAUGACUUCAGGAGAAAAAAUCAGCAGGAGAAAAUGGCAGAAUGUCAGAAAUAAAAGAUUUUCAGCGCUGCGUAUUCACGGACUCCCUCGACACAUACACAUCCUAACGUUGGAACCUUGGAAAGCUGGUUCCGUUCUCCUGCGAUUAGAAAACACCUUAGAGAAGGGUCAUGGCCCCAAUAAUUUAGAUAACGAACAAAUUGAUCACGAUGGUCACAUAACAGUCAAUAUUCACAAGUUAUUGCUACACCCGAUCAAAGCUAUCCAAGAAACAACCCUGGCUGCUAAUCAAUGGUUACAGGAUGCAAGACAGAUGGAUUGGAGUACCAGAUACGUUUACAACGGUGGUGAUGAUGGCAUCUUACCAGAAGACAAUCCCGACUACGCUGAAGAUUACAAAUUUAGCAAACAAACCGAAGUCAAAGACUCUGAACAUUAUUCAGAAGAAGAUUAUUUCCGAAAGAAAACGUCAAAUCAAAAUAAUAUUAAACAAAACCAAUCAAAAGUGAAACGAGGUUUUGCUAACAGACGAAGAAGAGCGAUAAAUAGUACAGAAAAUAUAAUUGACAAUAUCCAAGACUUAAAUUUGACAACUUACGCAAAAAUAGUCAAAGAAUCGAACAACACUAUAUUGUCCUUCGAUAGUAGAACUAUUCGACCCAAUGUACUAAAACAUUACAAAGCAUUAUCAAGAUCAAAAUUAUUUACGACUGGUCUACCAAAAUUAAGCUUCCUUACAUCAAAAAUACCUAGAAAAUUUAUUUACGGAGACAGUAAAGAGAUCGACAAUGUUUCGUCUGAAGAUGAUUUAUUGUUAAGUGAUAGACGAUUUUUCAAGAAAAGGAAUCGCAACAGAAAUAAGGCUUACAAACAAGACGAUGUUUCAAAUAUUGAAGAGUACGGGGACGGCGUAACCAAAUCAAUGUACGAUAUGUAUUACAGAACCAAAAACCGAAUACACACACAAAAACUUUAUGAACGAAGUUCAGAAUUGUCUAUGAAAAGAAACAACAGAAGAAUUAAAAAGGAUCAUUCUUAUAAAUUCAUAGCUAAAAGUAAUAAAAAAAGACUAGCUGGAGGAAUGCCCUACUUUAUUGUAAACAGGAGAUAUAAUAGUGGAGAGGAAGCUGAAGACAGAAACACAGAGCACUGUGGGAGUCACAAAGUGAGAAAUGGAGUUGGUUAUAGAAGAUUAGACUAUAACGCAGAUUUAUACCCUAGAAGAGGUGUUAGACGCGGUGAAAGAAAUCGAAAUAAAAGACAAGAAAGCGAUUACGAAGAAGAUUCCCAAGAAGAACAGUCGACCAAUACCGGCGACGAUGAAGAUGACUACAACAGACGGAGAAAACGAGCAAUCGAAUACCAGCCUGAACAAAGUGCCGAGCAAACCGAGCAAGCCGAGCAAGACUACAUCAUUACGCUGCGCCCGACGCAAAUAAGGACUUUCAUCGUAAUGUUUGAGAGAAAGAAAGAUUAUACUUUAUAAUACU